AUGGAUUACGACGACGACGUGAUCUACGGGUCCUCGAUGCCCCCGGCGUCUUCGCGCUCCAACAGCCGGCCGCCCCGUGCACGCUGCCAACCUCCACAGGAGUCGGUCAGGCAGUUCUGGGAGCAAUUCAACACCAAGUACCCGGGGAAGGUGUACACGGUGUUGCCAGACAAUCCGUACGCACGGACGCGGGCCAAGCGGGUACCCAACGGAGUGAUUGAGGGCCACGAGGCCGUCAAAUCGUACGAGCAGGCACGGCGUGAAUGCGAGAAGUCGGUUGAGCGCAUUGUCAAGGAGUGUGAGCGCGUGAACCAGAAAUACACGGAUCCGCACUUUGACAUCGAGGUCGAUCUCAAGUCGCAGCGGCGCCAUUAUCUAGAUGGCCUCGAUAAAGUCAAUGAGGAGAUGAGGCCGCGUGGAGUGAAGCGGGUGACGGAAAUCUUCGAGAAACCCCAGUUCUUUGUCAAUGGGCCGACGGCAUCAGAUGUGCGCCAGGGCCAUGAUGGAGACUGCUGGCUCAUGGCUGCACUGUGCACGAUGGGCAACAAGGAGGGCCUGAUCGAGAAGAUGUGCGUUGCCCGCGAUGAGAAGAUCGGCAUCUAUGGGUUUGUUUUCUAUCGGGACGGCGAAUGGCAGCAGUGCAUCGUUGACGACAAACUGUAUCUGCGUGCCGCCGAUUAUGAUGAAUCGGUGGAUGAGCGACCUAUCUGGGACGACAUCAAUCGCACCGACACUGAGGAAGAGUACCGCCGAGUCUGGCAGACCGGGUCUCGGGCGCUGUACUUUGCGCAGUGCGUGGAUGAAAAUGAAACCUGGCUACCUCUCCUGGAAAAAGCAUUCGCCAAAGCCCAUGGUGACUACUCCGCGAUUGAGGGUGGCUUUGUUGGCGAAGCCAUCGAGGAUCUGACCGGUGGUGUGACGUCCGAGGUUCUGUCCAGCAACAUCCUGGAUAAGGACCGUUUCUGGAACGAGGAGCUCAUGAAGGUCAACGAGGAAUUUCUCUUUGGAUGCGGGACAGGCCUGUUUUCCAACUGGUUAGACCCCAAGUACCGUGGUCCUCCGCGAGAUCGAAAGGGGAUCUCAGAGGACCAUUCGUACUCGAUCAUGGAAGCCCGGGAGAUUGACGGUCAUCGCUUGUUGCGGUUGAGAAAUCCUUGGGGCAGGAAAGAGUGGCAUGGCGCCUGGGGCGAUGGGUCCAAGGAAUGGACUCCAGAAUGGAUGGAACGACUUGGUCACAAAUUUGGCAACGAUGGCUUCUUCUGGAUCUCCUACCGCGAUCUCCUUCGGAAAUACCAGCACUUCGACCGGACGCGCCUUUUUGGACCUGAAUGGACAAUCACGCAGCAAUGGACAACGUUGAAUGUCCCGUGGUCUGCCGACUACCACAGCACGAAGUUUAUGAUGAAUGUCACCAAGAGUGGCCCGGUCGUCAUUGUCCUAUCACAGCUUGACACGCGCUAUUUCAAAGGACUAGUCGGCGAGUACAGCUUUGUACUCAAGUUCCGCCUCCAAAAAGAAGGAGAAGAAGACUACCUGGUGCGCAGUCACAACAGCCACUUUAUGGGCCGAUCAGUCAACGCAGAGAUCGCACUGGACCCAGGCCGCUACCACGUUCUGAUGAAAAUCACCGCCUUCCGACACGAGGACGUGGAGUCGACCGAGGAGAUAGUGCGCCGGCUCGCCUCAGUCCGACGAGAGAAGCUCGUGCAGGUCGGGCUCUCGUACGAUCUCGCACAUGCCAAGGGGCUAGUGGGCGAGACAGAGCAGGAGCGAACAGAGCAGGAGCGACACAAGGCGGCAAACCGCAAGAAGCUGCGCGACGAGGCCAAGAAGCGGCUUCAGAAGGAAUGGAUUCGGGAACGGAAACUGGCAGCGCGACAGCAGCGCAUGGCGGGCCGACGCGCGGGCCGUAUGCCCAACGGUACCUCGCACGAGCGCAGUCCCGAGCGCGGACCUAUUCCAGGACAAAUGUUCACUGAUAAACCGGUCCAAUCACCCACAGACAUGGGAAGCAUUUCUAGUGAGAGUAGUGACCGCCGGCCGGUCACUGCCAACGGUUCCGUCCCGACUAUCCAGUUCAACGGCCUGCAUAUGCGCCAUGCGAGCGGAUCUCGUCAUCGCAGAACCGACUCUCCGCGCCCCAGUCUGGAUACUCGCUUGGCUACGGACGGCCUGGAUCUCAGCGACUUGGAGUUGCUGGACGGGUUCGAAUUCGACAGUGACCUGGACAUGCCACCCGAUGACCCCGACGCAAAGAACCAGUCACAGUUCUCGGAGCUCGACGGACCGGCUGCUGAUCCAUGGAACGCAGUGUGCGUCGUCGGGCUGCGAGUUUACUCCAAGGAUCCCAAGCUCAGCCUGGAGGUCGUGCGGCCUGUGCCUGAGAAUGAGGUCGAGGCUCCUCUGGAUCGAGACGAUCCGGCGGCGUCUGCAACCAUUGAGAAGGUCUCUUGGAACAGUCGCAUUCCGAUCUAA